AUGAUUGUCUUUUAAAAGAAGUUAUGCAAAUCUCUUCAAAUGAUGGAUCACAAAAUUAGAUGCACAAUUAAUUGGUGUAUUUGUUAACAAAUCAUUAGAUAAAAUAAGAAUUUAUAAUUGCUUAAAUAUCACAAUUACCUUGCUUGAUAAGGAAGAAAUAAAAUAUGAAUUGUAUAAUUAGAGUGUCAAACCAAAAACUGAUAUAAGUACAGAAAUCUAAGUAAUAAUAUUGUGA